AUGAAACACUUGCAACAAAACAACGUGCUAACGGACUGUCAACAUGGAUUUAGGGCAAAAAGAUCAACCGAAACCCAACUUAUUGUAACCAUACAUGAUCUGGCGAAUACAAUUCAACGUGGUGAGUCAACACAUGUUGCAGUCUUGGACUUUUCGAAAGCUUUUGACAAGGUACCCCAUCAACGACUUUUGAGGAAACUGUAUUAUUAUGGAAUUUCUGGAGAGUUAUUUGAUUGGUUCGAGUCUUUUCUUUCACAACGUUAUCAGUCUGUUGUAUGUGAAGGCAAAACAUCUACCCCCCUACUUGUGACGUCAGGAGUUCCCCAAGGGACAGUGCUUGGCCCGCUCCUAUUUUUAUUGUACAUUAAUGACUUGUCGGACAACUUGCAGUCAACUGUGAAACUUUUUGCUGAUGAUGCCUUAUUAUAUGGUGUCAUUACGAGUGAUUCAGAUUGUGACCGCCUACAGGAUGAUCUACAUAAGCUAGAACAGUGGCAAAAUCUAUGGCAGAUGGAAUUCAACCCCUCAAAAUGCAAAAUCUUAUGCAUUUCCAAUAAAAAGCAUCCUCCCCAAAAGCGGUAUUUGUUUUGUGGAGUAGAGCUAGAUCAAGUGGAAGAAAUAUCUUACUUGGGCAUUACUUUCACUAGUAAAUUAAAAUGGAAUCACCAUGUCUCUUCGGUGGCAAGUAAAGCAACGAAAGUUCUUGGUGUGAUGCGACGUAAUCUGUGGAAUUGCCCCACGAAAGUGAGAGAAACAGCAUACAAAUCCAUUGUACGACCCAAGCUAGAAUAUGCAUCAACAGCCUGUGAUCCUUACACUAACAAGGACAAAGUGGCUUUGGAAAGAGUGCAGAGAAAAGCAGCGCGUUUCUGUUCCAAGAACUACAAUCCUAUGUCAAGUGUCACUGAUAUGAUUGAAGAUCUAAAUUGGGAAAGUUUAGAAGUUAGAAGAAAGAAAGCUAGAUUGACAUUGUUGUACAAACUCUCUCGGAAUCUUGUAGACGUUGAAACAAAUAAUUACUUGCUG